CUCAGAGAUGGAAGGCUUAUCCCAAUUUUGCUCGUACGAGUAUCUCCACCGUGGUAUAUCCCAAUAGAUAUGGGGAGCUGCUGAGCAAAAGGGGACGACUAUACACGUGACUUCUAAAUGCACCGCAUAGUUUCGUACUGGCAAAUUUGGACAGACGUGUGUUCCUGGCUUCGGAGGCUCACAAAUCGAAGCUAAACUGGACAAUGAUGAACUGUAUUAUGAACAUUGCGCGAGUCGUGCGUCCGAUUGGACGACUUUGUGGGUGAAUGUUCGCCUCAUGGAUACCUACGUCGAUUGCUGGGAUGACUUAGCCAAAUUAAAGUACGAUAAACAAACUCGCACGACUAGAAACCUCCCAGGUGUGCAAACAAGAGUCCCAGGGUUCGGGAACACCACAACCCUUGAGUAUUUGACCCCGGACAGAUGUCAGUAUUCCAGCUACAUGUCAACCAUGAUCGAAACUGUAUUCUUGCCUCUUGGCUACAAAAGAGGAGUAGAUCUUCGAGGGGCGCCGUACGACUUCAGGAAGGCUCCUAACGAAAUGCAACAGUACUUUGAAAACCUCCGGGAACAUAUAGAGGAGAUGUACCAUGAAACCAGCCAGAAGGUGCUCAUGCUGAGCCACAGUAUGGGAUCGAACAUUGCCCAUUACUUCUUGAUCCACCAGACGCAGGAAUGGAAGGACCGCCACAUAGAGGCACUGGUCUCCGUGUCGGGCGCCUGGGGUGGCGCCGUCAAAGCAUUGCAGGGCUUUACAACAGGUUACGAACUCGAGGGGGAUAUAUUCGACAGACUCAAAAUGCGAGAGGCAGAGGAGACCUUCCCUUCCUUCGCAUAUAUGCUGCCCUCCAGUCUCCUCUGGGGCCCUGAAGAGGCCAUCCUCCAGAGUGGUAAUUCCACUUUCACCGCUUACACAUACAAGGAAUUUUUCGAAGCGCUCAACUUAGAGGACGGAUAUAAUAUGUACCUCGACACGAGAGACCUCAACCAGUAUGAUGUGGCCCCUGGCGUCUUUCUGUACUGCAUCACCGGAAACAACGUCAGGACUCCUGAAGGGUUUUUCUUCCUUGAAAACAAUUUCCGAACGGUCCUGCACACCGCUAUGGCGAUGGUGACGGAACCGUCAACCAGAGAAGCCUCGACCUAUGUCUGCAGUGGGAAGGUCUUGAGGGACAGGAAGUUCGCUACGAGACCUACGAGAACGCCGAGCACGUCGAUAUCUUAGAGAACGCGAAUUUUACCGAUUACUUAAGAGAGAUCAUCAUUGACAUAACGAACGAGAAUGAGUUAGACUCCCAGAACCGGCUGAGACUCGUGGAACUGGAAAAAGCUGACGAGGAAAUUCGGAUGACCUCACUCUUCCGAGAAAUGCUGUGGGGACGUCGGGCCUUCGCCAGAAGCCAGUUUCCCCGCGAGGACGACGGGAAGUGGUCCAAGAAUCAGUUUUGGUCUCUUGACGAUAUUUAUGAAUGAGGAGGAAAAGGCCUCGAGCAUUGGAAAAUGAUAACCAAUACCUUCCAGGAUUUCCCCUAACAAUGAUAUUAUCGUUAUUUUUAGAAUUUUCAUUUUCUGCCACUUGCAGUUCUUAAAGGUUAAGAAUAAUCUGUUACUUUCUUCUGUUCCAUUCACUAGCGGUAGGACUUAUCUCACUAUUCCGGAACUGACUAUUUCCUUCGAGCUUUCAUUGAUAGUGAGCUGUAGCUUUUGUGAUGUCAGCGCUUUUUAUCAGUUAUAAUUUCAGGUUUGCUUUAACGGUAAAUGCCUUCGUUUCUGUCAUAACUUCGCUCUCAGGUCAGUAGCCUAAAGUAGGCGUCAAUAACAAGGUUGGAAAGGACACCACAACUCAUCACAUUCUUCUCAUUCGCUUCUAUUGACGUCACUGGUCUUUGGUGGUUCCAUCCUAGACACCAACGGAUCCUCUGCGUCUUUUACGCCCCUUUAUGUCAUCUGAAACCUGACCAAGAAACAAAUAGGAUUGUAUCAUUAUUUUCCUGAGGAUUUAAGUUUUUUUUAUGUAAUGGAUAAGGGUGAGAUGGGAAGAUAGAUUCAGGAAACCGAAAUAACGGAAAAUCUAGCAGUUUUGGGAGAACCUAUUGUUUACUCAUUUGAUUCAAGCCCAGAUUUUGCAUUUUGAAUAUCUCCUUUGUUGCUCAGCAAAUAUCUCCUCAAGAGCUGACUGAGGCAUUAUCAUUUCAUCAUGAUUUUAAGUUUUAAAUAAAGUUUAAUUUUAGAUUGAGUUUUAAUAAUAAAGUUGUUUAUAUAAACUCACCUAUGACCUUUAUUCACUUUCCCUCGACCGUUGAAUGUGUUAGAAAACAUAGUUUUCUUCCGUUUUAAUUUAGCACUACUAGCUAGCCUUUCCGAUCAUCAGAACGUUUGGAAUGCUCUUGUUAGAGCUUGGAAUUAUUCUCAGGUAUUUAAUCAACUAUCUACUUCGGUGGAGUUAUGUCAAAUCUGAGAAUAUGUAUGUUAAGUAUGAAGAAACUAAAAGGGUGAAUUUAUAAACAUUAGAUUUGAUCAUUUGUUUCCGGUGAAGGUAACUUUUUAGAAUUAACAUCCGUUGUCAUGACUGUUAACAUAGUAAAGUCCUGAUGAGCAUCGAAUGUGUUUCAAGAUGACGAACUUGGGGAAUACGGGACUUGAAUUCAUGGGUAAACUGCGAAGGCCCUUUUUGUUCAAAUUUGUAAGACUCAUCCAUCACAUAUCAAGCUUCAGUGCAUAUGCGUGGGUCAUUUGGUAAUACUCAGAAGAAAACAUUUCCUCUAUCAAAUUUAUUCUUAGAUCUGAAUUCAACUUUGACUUGCACAUUAUCCUUUCCAGUAAUGGCGCAGUAAGGAAAGGAGUCGUUCCUUUCAGUGACCAAAAGAACAUUUAUGAAAACGAAAGGUUUCGUCUUGUAUUUUCAAUAUAUUUUAUGACCAUGGCUUUGGCGAUACCAACCUCUGUAAUAAUAAGUUUUAACUUUGCUCUGAUAGUAAUGCUUUUAACCUUUUACACUAAUAGCUUGAUAACAGUAACUUUUACAUGUUCACAAUAACAAUCUUUAUAAUAACGUAAAGUGUAGGCCUAACCUAACAUUUACCAACUUAGGCUUUUUGAUGUAAAAUGUGGCGUAAAGGUUGUCACAACUUCCUAACUAAGUGACUGUUAUAGAGGAUGUAUAGGCUUGGAGGAGCUUUGAUGAUCAACAUCUGUAUUUUGUCAAUAAAGUUGUUCUUAUGUUGAAGAUCGUUUCAUUAAUUAUCCUUAAUAGUCAUUAAGAAACGCAACGAAAAGAUAAUUGCUGUCAUUGGUGAAUAGUUCAUCCUGGAAGACGAAUUUAACAUCUUCCGAUGACAGCGAUAAUAAUGACGUCCAAACCCUGUGGAUUUCAUGAUUAUUCAGUGUCGUAUCUGUUCACCAUCACUCAGUAGUGGUGGUAGUAUUAGAUUAAUUAAGCCUCUUCACUGGGCUUGAGAUUACCUAGCAAAGAACCGCGAAUUUCUAUGUACACGAAAUUUUC